CUCGGACCAUUCGUCGCUGCUAUAUGGUAAAGAGCUGACGUCAGUUGAGCUGCGUCUGAGAAAAUUAUUUAUAAUUUCGAAUCUUUCUAUACUAUGUUAGCAACUAUGCCAUCACCAGAGCACAGGUGUAAGGCUGACCGAAUCUGCACCUAUGUUGGAGAACUAUUGUAGCGCGAGCAGUUCAUCCUGAGCCCGAAGAAGAAGCUUUUUUGUUGAAAAAAUAUAAAAUAAAACAAAAUGUAAAAAAUCGAGAUUGGAAAUUCAUUCUCCAAUAUAUAGGUAUUUACGCUAAUAAACCCUCUUAUCAGCUGAUCUCAAGAGCAAGCGAAUGAGUCGUCGAAAGCUCGAUCGCAGCUGGAAAAUUUCAACGCUUCGAAAAAAAUGUAUAUAUACAUACACAAACACAGAGAUAAGUGCGAAAGCUCGAAUACAAGGGCCGCGGGUAAAACCUGUGUCACCGGCUUUAUUCAAUAGAUAUUGCGGCUUCUUUCUAUUUACACGUAUAGCACGAUUAUAGGCGCUUUUAUCAGUAUUGUCUAUAAUCUCGAUUCCACGGACAGUAGCUGUAGGUCGUAUACGAAUAUGAAAAAUCGUGUAGUCACAGUCAGCCCUCAUAACAGUCGGAACGAUUCGGGUUUACCUACACACUCGACUGUCCGUGCGUCAACGCGGUCGCCUGUUCUGGGAAAAAAGCUCGAUAAAAAAGUUUCCUUUAAAAAUAUGCCUCGCGAUUCAUAACGAAGGAGACGCAACGGCAUAGAGUGAAUUACUGGUCCACCGCGCGAUUAGUUAUGAAAAACUAUCCGAUCAAGCGAGAAUGGCGCAUUUCAUCGAGGACAGCAUUUUGAGUAUCUCCUACCUGGAAAACGACACGCUAUACGAGUUCUCGGAGCUGGUGGAGAACAGCGUCUGGGCGAGCAAACCCCAGGCAUGGGGUGUCGUGGUGUACAGCAUGAUGAUUCCGAUGAUUUGCAGUUUCGGAAUCGUCGGGAAUUUCGUGAUUCUUCUCGUGCUUAGCAAGAAGUCCUUGAAGGAGUCCACCUACACUUAUUUGACAGUUCUUGCAGCAGCGGACUUGGUCACGUGCAUCCUUCUGCUCUUCUCCGGGUUGGCCCGGGGAUUGUUCUGGAAGAAGCACGGCUGGGUCGAGUUCGACGUGUUCAUCCACAUUCCCCUGUGCACCAUCUCGUCGAACGUCGCUGUUCUCGCCGCGGUUGGCGUCGCCAUCGAUCGGCUCGUCAUUGUUAUCGCUCCUGCGCAGUGCUGUCAGCCAAGAUUCUGCAGAAAACCCAUUGCCAGGAAGCUUAUGGGCUUCUCCAUACUUUUCGUCGCGGUUAUCAACAUCCCGUUCUUCUUCAUUUACACUUACGACGAGAGAGGGAACAUCGUUAGUAACAAUCUAUCAAAAUCAUGUUUCUACGAUGUACUGAAUUGGUUCCAACUGGUUAUCUUCGGCUUGAUCCCAGCGAUUUUUCUUCCAAUCAGCAACGCGAUUAUGAUUUUCGCCGUCAAAAAGACAAUGAAACAACGGGUCCAGCUUCUGAAAUGCAGGCAAUCGAGAGAAGGAAAAUACUUGUGUGAUCAGUCGAAGUUGACGAUAACCCUGGUAGGCAUCGUCUUUAUAUUUCUGGUCGGCGAAGUACCAACUCACCUGGCAUCUCGCCGAAGCGCAGUAUCCAUCCUUUAUGGCGGAGAUCCUUGUAAAAUUAACAAACACCUCAUGGAAGUUUUUCGCAUCGUCGCAACCUUUCUGAACUCCAUAUCAUGCUCGGCGAACUUUGUGCUCUACUGCGUGUUGAAUCCAAGGUUUUUGGCCAUUUUAAAAAGUCUGUUUCGGAGUAAAAGACUGGAAAGGGACAAUACUGUGUCUGUAAGAAUGACGACGUUGAAAAACAUACAGACCAAUCCUUCGUCGUGCACCAAAUUGGAGAGCAAGGAUUGUCCAUGGAAGUUUUAAGCAUUAAUGUAAUACAACAAUAAUUCGAGAAUUUGUAAAUAUUAUACAUUACACCAAGCCUUCGCAUUUAACUAAUUCUUUCUUCUAUGGUCUAUAUUUAAUUUUGGUUGAAUAAUUGAAAAUUUAAAAAAA